GAUAAUUAGUUCCCUCAGGCGAAGUUUUUCUUUUCUUUUUUUUUUGAUAUGAAAACGUGUGCGCAGUCUGCGGCUGCUGUGCCAAACUCCGCCGCUGAAGGGCGCGGCUCAGACUCGACGACGGGGUCCAAAUUCUGUGUUUUGACUUGCCUGGGAAAGUUUAGGAGGCAACAAUAGGACGGACGGACGGACGGAGGACCACCUCCAACAGCAGCAGCAGCAGCAGCCGCAGCAGCAGCAGUGCGCGUCAAGUUCAACGCUCUUUACGCACAUUAAUUCCUCCUCCUCCAGUGGACGCAGUCUGAGUUCUCUGUGCGCAGAGAGGAGCCACUUUGCGUGUUUGCUGCUGGAGCAGACUGAAGCAGAUAAGAUGGGAUGGACGAGUUAACCAGACAGAUGGACUUCUCUGCAGACUUGUCAGGAGAACGCGUUGCGACAGAAUCUAUAACCACCACGACUAGACUGACUUCCCUGCCUCCAAAGGGAACCAGCGGAUCCAAUCACAGGAAUAUGUCCAGCGGUGCUGGAGGGCUGGGCCUGGAGAAGAAUGUCUUAACCCAGAACAGCAGUGGAACCUAUUUCUCCUCCUCCUCUGUAGGAGUAAACACCAGCAGCUACAGCUCCUCCUCAGGAGUUUACCUCGCAGGAGACUCCUCGGGGGGAGGCGAUGGUCUGGUGGGCGGUUACUUGGACGGGGAAGGGUACGGAAGUGGAGGAGGAGCAGGAGGGGCAGGAGGAGGCGGCGGAGGCGGCGGCGGCUAUCUCGUGAGCUCGGUGUCAAAGGUCAGGUCCAGCUCGUCUGGCGGUGGCAGGAGGGUGCAAACUGCCGGCUCAUCAGGAGGCCUGUCGCCAGGUUUCCGGGAGAGGAAGAUCAUAUCCAGCCGCUCGGCGGGUUAUGAUGGAAGUUCUAGUGCUAAUUCCUCCCCUGAAUUUACACGCAAAGAUUAUGGGAACUACUGCUCAAGAGGGAGGAGUGAGAGCAGAGAGAGUGAGAUCAGAGCCAGAUUACAGAGUGCCUCUCCCACUGCCUGCAGAUGGACGGAGCUGGACGACGUGAAGAAGCUGCUGAAGGGACGUUCCAGCAGCGUCAGCCCCACUCGCUCCUCCAGUGCCUCCACGACUCUGCCUGUCCCUAAAAAGGCCGGCUCAGAAGUCAGGACCGUCUCUGUGGCCACGCAGUCGGUCUCAACAGCAUUUGACGCUGGAGGCAGAUCAGGUGCAUUCAACGCCGUCGGUGCGUCGGGCCUGUACGAAAACGGCCUGACAAAUGGGCAGAAAUCAGGCCAAUACGAUGUCACUCUGAUAUCGAGCCAGUAUGGCACUGGUGUGAAAGCAGGACAGUACGAUACUGGUGUCAAAUCUGGCCAGUACGAUGUCACUGUGAAAUCAGGACAAUAUGAUAGUGGAGUUAGUGGCUUAAAAUUGGCCCAGUAUGACAACUCCAGCAUGAGAUCAGGCCAGUACGACACCGGCACACGAUCAGCGCAGUACGACACCGGCACACGAUCAGCGCAGUAUGACACCGGCACACGAUCAGCGCAGUAUGACACCGGCACACGAUCGGGCCAUUACGACCUGGUGGACGCCGUGCUUCCAACUUUCACCUGGUCCACCACCACGCUGCCCUCCGCCUCUGCCACGGCAGUCGCAGGCGGCACCAGCAGCAGCUACACGUACCAGGUCAGCAACAACAGAGCGGGAGGAGCCGCACCACUCAGCCCCACCUCACCCUCGUCCCUGUCAGUUUACGGCUUUCAGAAUAAUCUGGCGCCCACAUCUGCCAGUGUUCUCACCACCAGUGGAGCCAACGUCAGCGCUAACGUAGGAGGUUAUGGUGUUCAGAAAAACGUGUCGAUCGGAGGUGGUGGUGUCAGCUCUGGGGUGUCUACAGCAGCUACCAGAUCUCAAACUGAAGACGUGUAUAAGAACAAGUACUUGAUCUGCGAGAAGGAGAACGUUUCAGCCAAGAGGGAAGCAGAGUUGCUUAUUUUGGCCAAAGACAGUGGGAAGCUGUUCACCACCAGUGGCAGCACUGUUCAAAUAGGAGGAGGGUCUGUGUCUGGAGAUUCCAUAAAGAAAGAGAAGAUCAUCUCGAGCUACAGUGAGACGGCUCCACUGAAGACAGAGGGGGGCUACUAUGGAUCAUCUGGAGUCGUAAUGAAAGACAAAGCCACAUAUGCAGAGAUUCACAGAGACAGCGGCAUCUUCGGAGGAGGAGGAUUCUGCUGCUGCUCCGACGCUUGUUGCUCCUGGUGGAAGUGGCUGCUGGGCCUUCUGCUCCUCUCCCUCCUCCUGCUGGGUCUCCUGUUCGGUCUCAUCGCACUGGCUGAGGACGUGAGGAAGCUGAAGAAUCGAGUGGCCACCCUGGAGGCCGAGUCCUCUGUGGCUAAUGCUCAUACCAGUCGACUGUCAGGUUCUUCCACUAACAUUCACCUUGGAGGUGGAGGUGCAGGUGCAGGAACUUCUUCUCACACUGACAACACAAUACUCCUGGGUGGUGGAGGUGGAGGCUCAAGUACCGGCACUAAAAUCGGAAUAUCUGCUGGGGCUGCCGGUUCCGCGGGUGGCAGCAGCAAUGACAUCGGUGCUGGAGGGACCUUGGGUAUGGCUGGUGGAGUAGAUGGAGCAGGUGGAACAGGUGGAGCCAGGGGUACUGGUGUUGUCACUGGUGCUGGUACUGGUUCUUCCUCUGGUGCCGGUACUGGUGUUCUCGCCGGUGCUGGUACUGGUGGUUCCAGCAGUUCUGGCACCCGUAUUUCCAGUGGCACCAGUGUUUCUAGUGGCACCAGAGUUUCCAGUGGCACCAGUGUUUCCAGGGCUGGAGAAGCUGGCGCUGGCACUGGCUUUGCUGGUGGCACCAGUGGGACUGGUUUCAGUGGCGGCGCUGGCAGUUCUGGUACCACCGCCGGUUUUGGCGGCAGCACCUUUGUGUUCAAUGGAGGACAAAUCGACGCUGCUACUCUUCAGCUGAUGGUCCAGCACAUGCUCAGAUCGGAAAUGCAGUCUCAGGCAUUCAGAGCUAUUUUAGCAUCCUCAGUCCAUACAGAGCGAGGACUUCCUGGACCUAAAGGUGAUCCUGGUUACCCCGGAAGUCCGGGUCCUCCAGGAACGUUGGGACAUGCAGGUCCUGAAGGUCCUAAAGGGCAGAAAGGAAGCCAGGGUGACCAUGGGCUGGAGGGGCCACCGGGUAUCAGAGGUCGUGAAGGUCAAGCGGGUCUUAGGGGCGAGCCAGGUCCUCCAGGCCAUGGAGUUAAGGGUGACAGAGGAGCUCCUGGAGAUCCUGGACCUGUCGGCCUGGCCGGAGCAAAAGGUGCAGCAGGAGUUUCCGGGGCCCCAGGUCAACCAGGUUCUCAGGGUUUCCGUGGCGAGGCAGGGCCACCGGGUCCUAAAGGAGACAGAGGGCUUCCAGGAUUUCAAGGACUUAAAGGCGACACUGGUGACAAAGGUGUCAGAGGAAUGCAAGGUGAUCCUGGUUUACCUGGCACGCCUGGAUCGGCUGGAGAGAAAGGAUCCAAAGGGUCAGCAGGUCUGCCUGGACAAGAUGGUACAAAAGGAUCAAGAGGUGACCAAGGACCUGCUGGACCACCUGGACUACGAGGUCCUGCUGGGCCUCCAGGAGAUGCUGGACUUCCAGGAGGACAUGGGCUUCAAGGACCACCAGGGAUACCAGGAAAUCCAGGACAACCUGGAGCCAAGGGUGAAACUGGUCAACCUGGAAGAAUCAUCAAUGCAGCUGGUUCCAGCUCUGUUGGCAUCCCAGGACCACCGGGACCUUCUGGCCCUCCUGGUCCUGCAGGACCUCCUGGAUUAUCAGGUCCCAUUGGUCCUGCUGGUUUGCCUGGUCAGCCUGGGCCUAAAGGUGACAGGGGAUUCCAGGGACAACCAGGCUUCACAGUGACAAGGACGGACAGUGUCAGUUCAACCAGAGCUGAGAGUCAGUUUGGUACUAGUAGUAGUGGUGCUACCUCAAGACAAUCUGGUAUACCCGGCCCACCAGGUCCACCUGGGCCUCCUGGACGUCCAGGAGAUUCAAGGCAAGGACCUCCAGGACCUCCUGGGCCUCCAGGUCAAACAGGUUAUGGAAGACCAGGACCUAAAGGAGAAAAAGGAGACGCAGGCUUUGCAGCCAGCUCUGGAACAUAUUACAGUGGACAACCAGGACCACCUGGACCUGCUGGGCCUAAAGGAUCAACAGGUGAUCCUGGACCAAGGGGCUACCAAGGUGAACCAGGAGUGCCAGGUACCCCAGGAAGACCAGGAAGCUCUGAGAGAGUGUCGACUUAUGCUGGGGGACAUACAGUCACUGGACCAGCUGGUCCACCAGGGCCUCCUGGACGCCCAGGGCCGCAAGGAAUCAAAGGAGACCCUGGUACUCCUGGUGUCCCUGGCUCUUCAGGUGCCAUUUCAGUCACUUCCGGCCCACCUGGUCCCCCAGGUCCUCCCGGGCAUCCAGGCCAGCCGGGCUCUUUUGCUGCUUCUACCGAGAUCCGCCAGUACAUUACUGACUAUCUAACCAGAAGCAGACAGACUGGUGUAACUGGACCUCCAGGUCCACCUGGGCCUCCAGGACUUCCUGGAACCUUCUCAGGCUCCAUAGAGGACAUCUCUGCUCGCAUCAUUGCAUACCUGCAAAGAUCAGGCUCAGGCUCAGGCUCAAGCUCAGGCCUCAGCAUUGGUGUUCAGGGUCCUCCAGGUCCACCUGGACCUCCUGGACCUGCCUCUGGAUUCCACACAGUCAAUGAUCUUAUAAUCAUGCUUCAGAGGGAUGAUGUGAGGAGAUAUUUGUCAGGACUGUCAGGACCACCAGGACCACCAGGGCCACCAGGGGCAUCUGCUGGUCUUUCAAGCAGCUACACUAUAGAGGAGGUAGCCACGUAUAUCUUCAACAUCAUGACUGACAGAGGGAUUGCUAGAGGUCCACCUGGACCACCUGGGCUACCUGGUACUCCUGGGACCCCUGGUGCGGGAGGCUCUGGCUAUAGCACAGUUUCAAUUGACUACUCUGCACUGGUGAAAAAUUCAGACUUCCGCACAUGGAUCAGGUCUGCCGUGCAACAAGGUCCUCCUGGUUCUCCAGGUGUUCCAGGCCAAACUGGUCCUCCUGGCCCUCAGGGGCCUCCUGGAGUCUCCACUGCCACUGUGUUUGGGGCAGGAAGUCGUGGCUAUAGCUUGGAGGACAUCCAACGUUACCUGCAGGGUUCUGGUUUCAGAGGUCUUCAAGGUCCCCCUGGUCCUCCAGGUCCACAGGGUCCACCAGGCAGUUACACUGGCUCAGUUUCCUACACUGGAAACUUCCCCCGAGAGAGCAUCCGUGCCGAGGUUCAGGAAUAUCUGACCAGCGAUAAUGUUCGUCGUUACAUCACUGGACAGCCUGGACCUCAAGGACCAAGGGGUCCGAAAGGAGAGCGUGGAGACCCAGGUCACGUCCAAGGUUACGUUCAGAGCCAGAGCUUCACUCAUGGGGACACCCGCCGCAGCUCUGAUCAAAGUGAGAUCAGCAGGCUCAGUGGGACGAUGGACUACUCCAACGUCGCUCAGAAGGUUACAGACUACAUCAAGAAUCAAGGCCUGUUGCAAGGGUAUCUGGUUGAGGGCUCCUCGAAAACAAACGUGAGAGCAAUUCAGGGCCCUCCUGGUCCACCCGGGCCUCCCGGACCACCUGGUUACAGUCGUGUCAUCGGGUCCUACGGCAACGUCACUGCUGACCUCAUGGAGUUCUUCAGAACCCAUGGCACCAUCCCAGGCCCUCCAGGCGGCCCCGGAGCAAAGGGAGAAAGAGGUUAUCCAGGACCCAGAGGAGAUAAGGGAGAUCCUGGUCAGCCAGGUCUACAAGGACUACCAGGGUCAUACACUAUCCAGAUUCCACACAGAGUGCAGAAGCGGGACACAGGCAAUAGAAUGGUUGGUCGUCGUCUGCAUCGCCGUCAGGCCGGCAGUGGCUAAGUGCCUUACAUACUACUGGAUGAUGUCACAUUUCAUUUCCAUUUCACUUUAACUAUUUUUUUUUUUUUAGGUCUUCAACUGUAGCAAUGCAAGUAGUCAAAAACGCUUGUCUGUAGAAAUGUCACAAAGACAAUAAAAGUGGCCAAAAAAAAUGCAUCAGUCUUUUUUAAAAGUCCAGUAGAGGUAGAGGGAAGGGUUUAGCUGCCGGUCAGUAUUAAUGCAAAACAGGCUUUUUUGUUGUUGCUGUUACGUGGGUGUAUAAAGUUUACUUUGUGUAGUUAUAAGCUUGCAUUCAAACACGUGCUGGGGUGGGGUGGGGCGGACAGCUUUGUUAAAGAGAGUACUUAUUUUCGAAGGUCCAGUGUGUAAGAAUUUGUGACAUCUAAAGGGGAAACUGCAGAUUGAUCGGUUCACCUCUCUCUUUUCCAAGGAAUUACGGUGGCCUUAAAAUACCAGAAAGGAUGUUGUUCUUCUUUGUAAGCCUAAAAAUGCAAAAACAAAAUGUAGAAACAUAGCAGCACAAGGUGCCUUUUUUAUUUUAAAGUGAUUAUACACUGAUAAAAACACACUUAUGGCUAAUAUAUUCAAUUUCGGCAAAAAAAACCUGCCCAAAUGUUACACACUGGACUUUUAAGUGGAAAGUAGCAUUUGCGCCUAUUUUGAACUGAAUGUUUUCCACUGCUUGUGCGAGUUCAGCAUCUGGUGUAUUUUUUUUUAACAUUAGUAUUGUGUUUGUCUUUUUUUGAGGAUUGUAUUGUACUGAGGAAUAUAUUCUGUAAGUGUUAUAGAUGAUGUAUCGAGUUAAUCAAUUAAAAUACUUUUCCUAUUAUCCGCAUAAGUCAAACCAAACCUCCUGCCUUUAAAACCCCAAGAAGUCUCCACCGCAUCACACACAUCAACAACAAAACAAUAUUUUUCUUUCUUUUUUUUUUAAACUUCAUAAAAAACAAUACAACAUCAUCAGAAGUGGACAUAGUCCCAGUUAGAGUGAAGGCCAUUUGUGCAACACAGGUGGGGUUGGGUUUUUGGUUGAUGUACUUGAGAAGAAGAAUGACUAAUUGUUGACAUGGUUUUUAGACAGGGACUUGUAACUCACUUAGAAAUGACUGAUUUUUGUAUAAGUGUUGAAAGGAUUAAAUUAUGAAAUGUUACCACAUAAUGUUUUACAUGAUUGAACCUAUUUGAGAUUUGAUCAAUUUAUGCGAAUAAAUCUAUUUUUUGGA